AUGAGGCAAGCAUCAGGCUAUCUAAGUACUGGUGCGGAGAACUACAUUAUAGGCUUUGAUAGCGAUAAUGAUAACGGUGGAUCAGGAUCAUCAUCAGUUGUUAGUUGUCAAGAUUGUGGGAACCAAGCAAAGAAAGACUGUCAACACAAGAGAUGUAGAACUUGCUGCCGGAGCCGUGGAUUACCAUGUAAAACCCACAUCAAGAGUACUUGGGUUUCAGCAGCUACACGUCGAGAACGCCUGCAGCAGCAACAGCUUUCUUUGUCAUCAAUGUCACCUCAUCAACCACCACACAAUGAUCAUCAUGAGCAACUUAGUCUGAUGACGAUAAGCGGUGGUGCUGGUCUUGAUGAUCAUCAACAAAUUAAUCAUCACCGCCAACACAGUGGCUUUGCCAUGCCUACUACUACUACACAUCUGCCUAAUACUUCAGGGUUUCAUUUUCCAGAGGAGGUAAGAUCCAGAUCAUCACUAUUCCAAUGUGUUCGAGUGAGAGAUAUGGACAAUAAAACACAUGAGCAUCAGUUGGCGUAUCAGACAUCCAUUAAUGUCGGCGGACAUGUUUUCAAUGGAAUUCUCUAUGACCACGGACCAGCUGCCGCUGAUCAUGAUCACAUCAGUCACUACAACUAUAAUAACGUUAACCAGCUGAUGCAAGUUGGAGAAAGUUCGUCCAGCACCCGACGACAUCAGCAAGAGACCACUGUUAUGGAGCCUUCUUCUUCUUCUUCUUCUAUAUAUCAAGCCCCUUUUUGUUCAUUCAUGGCUGGUACUCAAUAUUUUCCACCACCAAGAUAG